GAGCUGGAGGCACAGAUAUACUCAUUUUUUUGGUGUUUUUGAAUCAAAUAUGGCUCCAAAUACUGAUAUCUGUACCCGUGCCUUGAUUGUUACAUUGAAAUCUCCAUUUGGUGGCAAAUCCACCAAUCAGAUUAGUGAAAUAACGGGUAUCUCACCACGUACGAUUGACUCAAUAUAUGGUAGAGCCUGCCAACGAGGUUUUGAGCCAAACGCGCCCACUAUUAAGCUUCUACCUGAAUACUUAGAGGAUGCCCCUCGCGCUGGCCGUCCUCGUAAGCAAGAAGAUAUCCACGAAACUACCCUAGAAAAAUACUCACGGCUACAACGUUUCAUCCGCUACCGUAUAGAGAGUCCUCAAAGCAGCGGGCUACAACAAGACGAAGCCGACGCGCAAGCCUGGGUUGACACAGAGGAUGAGACAGGAGAGGCUUAAGUAGUGUCUUGCGCAUAGAGAUUGGACGCUAGAGGAUUGGAAAAACGUUAUCUAGACGGAUGAGACCUCUGUUGUACUAAACUACCGGCGUGGUGGCUAUCGCGUCUGGCGACGACCAGAUAAGGUAUUCACCAAGUCAGUCAUUCGCGAACGGUGGAAGGGCUACUCUGAGUUUAUGUUCUGGGGCUGCUUCUCGUACGACUAUAAAGGCCCUUGCCACGUCUAGAGACCAGAGACUGCACAGGAGAAGAGACGCGCAGCUCUCCAGAUUGAAUAGAUGAACCAGGCUCUAGAGCCACUUAUAAGAGAGCAGUGGGAGCUUACAACAGGUAUAAAGAGAUUAGGAUUAAGAAACAAGCCAGGCAGGUCUCCUCAGUGGAGAUUCACAAAAGAGACUGGUAAGCUAACUCGUGAUGGUGGAGGUGGUGUUGAUUGGUGGCGCUACUAGA